AUGACCACUCAGACCUUCCACGAGGCUGUGGAGGCGUCUUUCGACAACAUUGCUGUGCAAGCGGACGGCGCGGCAGAGAAAGCUAUCGUGAAGCCUGGCGUUGAGGGCUUGCAUGUGUUCCUUGAAGGGCGUCGCGCCGAUGGCGCGAGUAGCGGCGUGAGUGCCGAAACGGUAACAGUGGAGUCGCUGAAGAAGAUUUUCGAGAGCAGGGGUUGGCCUUUCGACAAAUCGUUUGGGAGGGCCGAUUUGACCGCGCUGCUCGAAUCGCUGGGCGAAGCAGGCUCUGGCGGCGAGGACUUGGCGGAGGACAUUUCCAGUUUGGUGGAUGAUCUGCACUCUCGAGCGGCGGCGAAAGAGUUCCCGCUCAUUCGCCCGAUAGACUUGCGAGCGGACGACGAGCAUAAUGCCGCCGAGGAAGCCAUGAGUCUCGUGGAGAAGCUGGAUGCUGUGCAGAUUCAGAGCUAUAUUGAUUUUCAGAAAAAGGAAUAUUUUAAGAAUAGUCCUGGAGAUCCAGCGGCGUCGAUUGACGAGAAGCAUGCUCAGUGGGCACUCAAUUUUUAUUACAAUCACGUGCGUGAUUUUCUCGCCAAGCAGUCGCUUGACGCCAGGACAUGUGCUCACCGGUUUGCCCAGUCAACGUUCAUCCCGCUGAUCUCCCCGCAGUCGAUCGGUGACGGGGAGAAGAAGGCUUUCGCUCGUGAUGCCGCGUCGGCAAUGAGGCCAGAAUUGUUGGAGUUGCUGGACAAGAAUGUGUGGUUAGCUUGGGAUGAGAUGGCUGAAGUUGUCGAACUCAGUGGAGCGGGCGCUCAUGAUAGCUUCAGAGAGCUUUUGGAAGAGGACUACUUUCGCAUUGUGCGCGAGACCUGCGAUGCGGGUGCGCACCAGAACGCGGGGACUGGCUUAGGGGGGAACGCGAAACGGAUAUUCGAUAUAGUGGACAACAGUGGUCUGUACUUCACUUGCUGCGCCAUGAAGCACAAUGCGGAGUCCCAGGCGUUGCGGAACUCCCAGGACGUCGCGGUCUACUACGGCACAGGCCGCGCGGCCAUUGGCAAUUCCAAGGGCAUGCUUUAUCUGUUGAAGGUCGGCGUGGCGUUCGUGGGUACUCGCGUACAGAUGACCGACUUUUUCACGAUGGUGCAGGUGAACAUCUUUACGGUGGUGUUCGUCCGCGAGCUCUUCCCCGCGGAGGGGCCGAUCCACCAGCAUGCCGCGGAGACGCAUCCAGAGCAAGGCAUGGAGAGUGCCAUCAUCUGCCUUCAGGAGAUCCCCCGGUGGACUGCUGGCAAGUACCUCAAGCGAGUUCGCGCAGAUGGCGUCGUCCUGCCUAGGAGCGGGGAGCUCGCUGGCAGCCUGGCGGUCUACGUGGACUCCGACGGCUGCCUGUACGAGGACGAGGUCCGCGCGCUCGCCUGCAGCACCGGGGGGACCGUGCCGCCGUCGCCCCUGCUGGGCCCCGGCGCGCUCGCCGCCUGGCAGAACUGCGCGGCGCCCGCGCGGGGCGCCUGCGCAGACUCGGACGACGACUUCAUGGUAGUCAGCACUCCAUCCGUCACCUCGGCGUCGGCCUGGUCGCCGCUGAUGUCCCACGUGAAGUCGCCGCCCCUCUGCGCGAGGUCGCCGCCCCUGGCCUGCGCGCAGGCCCCAGGGGAGUUCGAGGAGGCGUCCGACCCUGGCGCGGCCGUGAUGGCGUGCGCCAGCUUCCACGAGCUGCAACCAUCCCCUGAAUUCAGCAUGCUGGAGCUGCCGGGCCCCGCCAUCGACAUGAUCGAGGAGGAGGGCGCGGAGGCGGACUGGGACCUCGACGAGGCGGGCUGGCCGCCAGAAGGCAGCCUCGGGGCGUCGUGGACGGCCGCCGCUGCGGCCGGUGGCGCCGGCGCUGCUCGGUCGGCGAGCGGCAGGGGAGGCGGCGAGGCGGGCCCCGCAGACGCGGGCGCCGCCCCGCCGCGGCCGUGGCAGCGGGCCGUGCUGCUGCUGUUCCCGCUGCAGCUGGGGCUGGGGAGGCACGCCAGCGAGGCCCACGUCGACGCGGUACUGCGUUACUUUGAGUUGGCGUCCUCGCUGGGCGCCAUGGGCGGGCGGCCCCGGAUGGCCCACUUCUUCGUGGGCCGCCAAGGCCGCGAGCUGCUGUACGUGGACCCCCACGUGGUGCAGCCCGCGGCCCUGCCCGAAGCC